UCCUUAAACCCGGACACAUGUCUGAGCUACAGCCUGAACUCAGAGCUAGCAGCGAAUCAAGUGGAUUUCAGGGGCUUUCCUGGAGAUUUUCUUCAGGUUAUACUGGUUUUAAUGGUUCAUCAUGAAUUUCUGUGAAGCUAAAUCGGAGCUGAAGCAGCUACUGAGCAGAGUGGAUCCGUCCGAGCUGCCGAAGCUGCUGGACUGGAUGAAGAACUCAGAUGAUCUGGAUGAUUUUCUCCUCGACAACAGAACCGUGAUUCUCCAGAACAUCUCUGAUGACCUCAGAACUCGUUUACCGCUGAACGCCAUGUUAGCGUCUGAGACCACCGCCCACCUCAAGAUCCAGCAGUGUUCUCGGCCGACGCUCCACGUGGACAGCUUCUUGUACGAUGAAGAUCAGGUGGAUUCUCUAUGUGAAGAUGGAACCAUGAGCAGAACGUUCUGCCUCAACUGUGGAUCCCAGAAAACUGCAGCUCUGGACUUCGUCUCUCACUCGUUCUCCAUCUCUGAGCUUCGGUUCCUUUUCCAGAACGUUCUUCCAGAUCUGAGUGGCAGAACUUUGGUGGACGUCGGAUCCAGACUGGGAGCGGUUCUGUACGGGGGCUACGUUUACAGUUCGGCAUCUCGUCUUUUGGGUCUGGAGAUCAGUGAGGAGUUUGUUCAGCUGCAGAACGAGAUGCUGCAGAAAUACCAACUGACCGACCGAGUUCAGGUCAUUCACGCUGACGUUUGCACGCAGGAAGUUCUGCUGCAGAACACCGACGUUCUCGUCAUGAACAACGUCUUCGAGUAUUUCAUGGAACCCAGCGAGCAAAUCAGAGCGUGGCGGUUCAUCAUCCAGUCCUUCAGGAAGUCGGGUUCUCUCCUCGUCUCUACUCCUAGUUUACAGGAAAGUCUCGGCGCUCUGCAGCAGGAGGCGCUGCUGCCCGGCUGGGUGGAGGAGCUACCCGUGGACUACAACGUUUACCUGGGCAGAGACUCCGACCCCGAAAACCUCCGACAGAUACACCUGUACAGAGUCAUGUGACCUCAGACCCCUGUAUGGGAUCAUGUGACUAGUUUUGUCCAAUCACAUUCUUCAAUUGGUCUAAAUUAGAUUUUUGAUUCUUUUAUGAGUCAAAACAAGCAAAUAAAAUUCUUCUUUUUGUUUUUUUUGCACCUCGUUUCUCACUUGGUCAAUUUUUUUAAUUUGCUCUUUUAUGUGUUUGAGUUUUUCUUUUACAAAGUCAGCGUUCUCCAGGAGAACUUCUUUAUAUCAAUUUAAUAAAUGUAUUUAAACAGAACAACGGCUCCAGCGUCAUGUGAUCACAUGAACUCACCUUUAUGUAGAGAAAACGUGUUUUUAAUGUUUUUAAUAAAAAUUAAAAUAAAUAUCCAAAUAUCAACCUAUGCAAUAUAGUUAUGGCUUAAAAUGUAGUUUAUAUUAUUUGUUGAACAUAUUUUUGUGGUUCUUAAUAAAAAUUAAGGACUUAUUAUGCUUUUAACUUUGAAUUUUUUUAUUGCAUUUUUUAAAAAUGUUUCCUUUAUUGUCUGUUUUUAUUAAA